AUGGGAAAAUCCCUUUUCAGUCUUGUCUCAAAUUGUUUGCUCUCUUGCAGAGACUUUGAUUCUUUGAGCAAGGAAAAUAUCUAUGAAAACAAUAAACGGGCUUUCGAGAUGGCAGAGAAGGAGUUGGGUAUACCUGCCUUGCUGGAUGCUGAAGACAUGGUGGCUCUAAAAGUGCCUGAUCGCCUCAGCAUUCUGACCUAUGUGUCCCAGUACUACAAUUAUUUCCAUGGACGCUCUCCUAUUGGAGGUAUGGGAGGGAUUAAAAGACCAGCUGAAGAGUCUAAUGAAGCACCAUCUGAGAAGAAGAACCAACCUAUCACGGCUAAAGUUUUUGCCUCACCUAAACCAGCCACAGAGAACGUGACGCCUAAACCGGCAAAUGAUAAUAAGAGAGAAGUUUUGGUUGAACGCGCCAAUAAAUCAUCUCUGACCAGCAGCUGUAGAGUGUGCAAUGAACAUGUUCACCUUGUGCAGCGCCACCUAGUAGAUGGGAAACUGUACCACAGGAACUGCUUUAAAUGCAAAGAGUGUUCCACUAUUCUUCUCUCUGGCACCUACAAGCCUGGAAAGGAAGCGGGCACUUUUAUCUGCAAGACACACACAAGCAUAGAGAAGCCUCUGACGGCCCUGACCACACACAUCACAGUGGCUCCACCAAAAACACUGUCCACUUUUAUUAGCAAGACUGACCAGAAUGCAUCAGGUGGAGGUACUGGAAAAGCUGGUUUAAAACCGAGCACAUCUAAACUUGGUUGGCUGGCCAAUAAAAGUGACUGUACACCCACCCGUGAGUUACCUGUCAUACCUACUCCAGCAGUUCAGCUCACGCCAGCACCAAAAACAACUACAACCGUGAAAACCUCCUUUAGCCCCAGAACGCCCACAGUGUCUCUUAAACCUGCAAUCAACAGUGUACAGAAGAACCAAGAAGCCAGAAAGAGAUUCUUUGAGUCCAGCAGCAAUCCCAGCAGUACUGUGCCUGCCAGUAAGAACACCUCAUCAUACACCUCAACUAUAUCUGUGAGUACAGCAAGUGUUAAAACUCCUACACCAGAAAGCACAAUACCUAGAGUCACUGCAGGAGCCACAGCUGGUAAAGGUAGAGUCCUGCUGCGGGUGGGAGACGGGGCAAAAACGCAGGACUCAGAAAAAGAGAAGGAGAAUGCAAAGGAGAAAGCCAAAGCUGUGAUCGGGAAGAGGGUGAUGGAGGGAAAAAAUAACAACAGCUCGUCUCCGAGUCCAGCUGGGCUGAAAGUAAAUGUCUGUAAUGUUUCCCCUGUGGAAUCAGGUGCUAAAGGCCCCUCAGGUAGGGUGCGUCUCAAAGCACUUGAUACCAGUGUGGAACCUACUGCCCCCACUGCUGCAGCGCCGUCCUGGAUCAAAGAUAAAACCUUAUCCAGGCCUGCGAGCACGCUGUCGUCCAACAGUAAGGAAAACGGUACAGCUCCAUCUGACUGGAGGUCCAUGCUCAAGCCUGUAAAAACUGUCGGUUCCACAGAAAGCACUGGCUCACCCUCCAAGAGGCCGGAAGCAGUUUCUUCUCCACGGACAUCAGGUCCUGGAAUCUCUCAGACAUCUGUUCCAGCACCAUCUACCACAAACAUCUCCACUAGCAUCAACUCGCCCAAAGCUCCCUCACCUAGCCCAAUGAAAAACGGGCCUAAACCUAAUGACUCCAGCAGUGGCAGCAGUGUAUCUCCUGUUAGUCCCUCAGGGACUGAAACUCACAAAUUGCACAAGCCGGGUUACAUUCCCAAGGAAGACAUUCAAAAAGAACUGAAGGAAAUUGAGAAGAAUAUGAACGAGUUGGAGAAAAGAGGAGUAGAGCUGGAAAAGCAACUCCGACAAUGUGAUGAGGAAGGAGAAGAGGACACAUUAAUGAAUGACUUAAUGGUGGACUGGUUUACCCUCAUCAGAAACAAACAGGUCUACCUGAGACGCGAAUCCGAGCUUGUGUACAUUGCCAAGACACAAGAUCUAGAGGAAGAGCAGCCCAGUGUUGAGGCCGAACUCAGGAAGCUGCUGGACAAACCAGAGCAUCUGAAGACAUCUUGGGAUCGUAAACGAGAGGAAGAGCUGAUGGCCAAACUUGUGGGGAUUGUGAACGAUCGGAAUGCCAUUGUGGAGGGGCUGGAUGAAGACAGACUGAGGGAGGAAGAGGAGGAUGAGGAGCUGAAUAAGAUGAUGCAGAAUCUUGGUAAUUAUGAUUACGAAAGAGGAGCUGCUCACACCCUGGACAGUGGAGAUUAG